AUGACAAGACGGAAUUUCUGUUUGGCCUCCUCCCGCAAGGGCUUAAAUUUAUUUCCCAACGUGUACAACGCUUGUCGAGCUGCCUGGCCGUCCUUCUGUACACCCGUGCGGAGCUCGGACUACCCUCUUGCUCUAUUGCUCCGUAUAUAUGGCACUCAACUGGUCUGUCCACCAGCUCACCUGGAGCAGAGUAGGCCGAUUCGCCUAAAUGCAAAAUCCGGAUUGGCCCAAAUGACAUGUUCAACUGAGGCACAAGCGAAAGCCAUUGACCCCCGCCACGGAAUCAAGUGGCUCCUAAGUCGUUGGGUAGGGGCCAGACAGUCGGCUACCGAUCGAUCCACUGGUAGCGGCUUGACGAGCACGGCCCGGUUUCGGGUGCUUUUAGGGACUCUUUUAGAGACAGGCCGAGGUCGGAAGUACAGUUCAGCCUGGAGGAGGAAGCCUUUCAGAAAGCAAGGAAAAUUCAGUGUCCUCUCAUUCAAUAUGUACCACCUUUUGGCUGUCACCCAAAAAUGUGUUACAAAACAAAGCAAUCGCCAGCCUGAGGUGCCGAUAAUGUGA